AUGCUUGAUGUGGAGCUACCAUCAGAGUUCUGCACCGAGCCACCCAAGUCAAAGUCCAGGAGACUGGCACCCAGAGCCUCUGUUCCACUUGUAAAGUCAGAGGACUUGGGCGGCGCUCUAGAUCAGGAGAACAUUCCAGACCAUGCCAGCUCGGUGAAUGGCAUCAUAGAGCCAGUGCCAACACCCAAAGCGAAGAGGGGCCGGAAGGCCAAAGAGCCAGCAGUGAAGGGUGAGCAUCUGGAGCCGGAGGGUAGUGCAAAGAAGAAGGCGCCGAGGGCAGGCAAGGCUGCAGUAAAGCCAGAUCCGGAGCCCCACGUGCUGGCAGACACAGAAGGCAGCCCGUCGAAAAUAACAAAGAAAAUCACCCAGCGCGUCAGACAGAGCAUAAAGGUGGAAGUGAAGACGGAAGACUCGCUGUCUCUGGAUGACGCAGGAGCAAGUGUCGAGGUGGCAGCCACGCAGGUGGUGAAGAAGAAGGCUGUACGCAAGAAAAAGGAGCCGGAUCCACUCCCGUUCACGGAUCCCACGCCAGAGCUGCUGGAGGGGCUCAAGGAUUUUGUCCCAGGGCCUCGGCCCAUUCCCAAUUUGGGGUAUGCCUGCCUGUGCUGUGCUCUGCGUGAGCUCAAGCCUCCCAUCUUCACCAGCAGGGACCUCAUCAAGCGGACGCUGGAUGAGAAAGGGCUUCCAUACCUGGGGGAGCUGUGCCUGGCCAACUCCAGGGAUCUUGCGCGCCUGAUACAGUGGAACCAGGAGCAUGGCAUCCGCUUCUUCAGGAUGUCCAGUGUGAUCUGGCCCUGGAUGGGGUCCUUUGACCCCAAGGAGCUGCCCCAGUAUGAGGAGAUCAAGCAGGCCCUGGCCUUUGCCGGGAAGCUGGCGAGAGCCUACGAUCAGCGCGUGACGUUCCAUCCCUCCCACUUUGUGAAACUGGGCGGGCCAGUGGAGGCGCUCACCCAGAAGAGCAUCAACGAGCUGGAGGGCCAUGCACAGAUCCUGGACCUCAUGGGCUACGACACCCCCUCCGUGUGGAACAAGAUCAACAUCCAUGUGGGGGGAUCGUAUGGCGACAAGCAGGCCACCAUGGAGCGAUGGGCGGCUGCCUACAACCGACUCACACCCAGCUGCCGUCUGCGCAUGACAGUGGAGAACGAUGACCGGCCCAACUCCUACAGCGUCAGAGACCUGUUGGAGUUACACCGCCUUUGCGGGGUUCCCAUCGUCUUUGACUUUCACCACUGGAAGUUUUGCGAAGGCGACAUGACUCAGGAGGAGGCGCUGCGGGCAGCAAUCGCCACUUGGCCCAAGGGCAUCAGGCCCGUCGUCCACUGGAGCGAGAGCCAGGAGGGGCGCAUCCCGCACGCCCACUCAGACUACAUCAAGGGACCCAUGAACCUGUAUGGGCUUGAGGCCGAGGUGGACGUGAUGAUCGAGGCCAAGGCCAAGGAAAGGUCCCUCCUCUGUUUCAGAGAUGGGCUGCCCAUCCCUGCAGUGGACAUUCCCUCUGAGGACCCUGGAGCGGGACGCAAGGCUGCCGCAGCAGCGCCCUUUCUGGAUGACUAG